GCUACGCAGUGUUCUACUGGCUCUCUAAUAGGGGGCACCCGGGGCAGUGCGUCUGUGCUGCUGCUGCAGUAGUCAGCCUGAGUCACUGCAGUAAAGGCUUCCUCCUUAGCAGGAAUCUUCCUCUCACCGGCAUCAAGUCAUUCUACAUCUCUGUCUGGAAUUUUGCAGAGAGAUUUUGACAUUUUCCAUUCAAGAUAUUCAGGGAUCUGAAUGAGUUCUGCUGGGGUGUUUUUGCGGUCAUCUGAGUGCAGUAGCCUAUUGUCUUUGGUUGAUGUUAUACUCAGGGUAUCACCUUUCUGUGGUGCAUAGUGAAUUUUUUGGCUUAUGUUUUUUGUUGUUUAUCAUUUGACUCGAGUCCUGUGCAGCUAGGCCAGCCCUGCUACUGCAUCAGCCUAUCAGAGAAGAAACUGCAGUGUGUAGCGUGAGUGUGAUGAUGGGAGGAGGUGGGACAGGAGGAGGAGAGUUAAGGAACUGUGUGUGUUUGUGGAGGCGGAGUGUUGGGGGGUAGAAGAUGUUUAGUUUCUCUGUGUGAUAGUCAUCCCAAUCUUAUUAAGGGCUGCGUUCUUCCUCCCCUCUCCUGCCUGCUUGCCUGCUGCUGCUGUUGCCAGAGGUAGAGACUGUGUCGCGCUGCGCCGCUGGAAAGGCCUGAGCAGAUAGUCAAUUCUCUUCUGCGUUUGCUGUCUCUCUACCUCCCUCUAGUACUCUGUCUGCCAGAUGAAAAUGUCAGGGGAAGCAGAAACUCUAUCAAACGGGUCCCAGAAGUCAGACCUGUCUGUGGCCCUGGAGGACUGCAUGGCAGCAUUGGACCUGUUCCUGAGGAACGACUUUGAGGAGGCCCUGUCCAGGCUUCAGUGCAGAAUCAAAGACAGCAUGUACCAUGCGCUCACAUACGCCACCAUACUGGAGAUGCAGGCCAUGAUGACCUUUGACCCGGAGCACAUCAUGGCAGCGGGUAACACCAUGAAGGAGGCUCAGGCAGUAUGUCAGCGGUUUCGCAAGAAGUCAACCUUUAGCAACAGAAACUUCACAGAAGAGGAACUCCACGCUGAAGUGUGCUAUGCAGAAUGUCUCCUACAGAGGGCAGCACUCACCUUCCUUCAGGAUGAAAGCAUGAUCAGUUUCAUCAAGGGAGGAAUCAAAGUGAGGAAUAGCUACCAGACGUAUAAAGAGCUUCAUACGGUCCUCCAGUCCUCUAGCUACGUCCAUGGUGACAAUCAUGGGCAUUUUGAAGGCGGGGUCAAGCUUGGAGUAGGAGCCUUCAACUUGAUGAUCUCCAUGCUGCCCACACGGACCCUUAGGUUGCUGGAGUUUGUGGGUUUCUCUGGAAAUAAGGAGUUUGGCUUGCAGCAGCUGACGGAGGGCUCUGCAGGGCAGACUUUCAGGUCCUUCCUGUGUAACAUGCUGCUCCUCUGCUACCACACCUUCAUGAGCUUCAUCUUGGGCACAGGGGAGGGGGAUGUGGAGGAUGCUGAGAAAAUGCUUCAGCCCUAUCUCAAACAGUAUCCUAAGGGAUCUAUCUUCUUGUUCUUCGCUGGUCGAAUAGAGGUUAUCAAAGGAAACCUGGAUGCUGCUAUAGAGCGCUUUGAGGAGUGCUGUGAAGCUCAGCAACAGUGGAAGCAGUUUCAUCACAUGUGCUACUGGGAGCUGAUGUGGUGUUUCACAUACAAGAGACAUUGGAAGAUGGCCUACUUCUACGCUGAUCUGCUCAGCAAAGAGAAUGCAUGGUCCAAGGCAACAUAUGCCUAUAUGAAAGGUGCCUACCUCAGCAUGCUGACCAGGGAGGAAUGCCAACCAUUCCAGGAGAGCGAGGUAGCGCUGUUCAGGCAGGUACAUGGGCUUAAGCAGAAAAUAGCUGGAAAGUCUUUGCCAACUGAGAAGUUUGCCAUCCGAAAAGCCCGUCGUUACCUGACUGAGAACCCGAUAACGCUCCCUGCACCUCCUCUGGAGAUGAUGUACAUCUGGAACGGCUACACAGUCAUCGGUAAACACAAAGACCUCACGGAGGGCAUGCUGAAAACACUGGACGAGGCACAGGCAAAACUCGACAAUAGCCAAAGGACAGAGUUCUCCAUAGACGACCAGUGUUUGGUGAGCCUGCUUAAGGGUCUGUGUCUGAAGCACCUGGGACACCAGGAGGAGGCUGAGGCCUACUUCACCUUGGUCCUUUGCAAUGAAACACAGAUCAAGUUUGAUCACUACUUGGUUCCCAAUGCACUGCUUGAGCAUGGGCUGCUGUGUCUGGAACAAGGGAGGAAGGAGGAGGGCAUCAAACUACUGGAGACGGCCAAGCAAAAUUACAAAAACUACUCCAUGGAAUCGCGGACACAUUUCCGAAUCCAAGCUGCUUUGCACAAGGCCAAGGCCACAGGAGAGAAUGGGAUUCACACCAUGCCCUCCAGCCCGUAGCUGGUGUGGGAAAAACGGGGCCAAUGUCCAGCCAUCCCACAGUGCAUAAGCCCAACGCCGCAGGGAUGAGGCAGAGUACCAAACCACCCACUACCAGCAACAAGCAUAUGACUGGCCAGCCACCGAGCUCUUAGAAAGACCCGCAACACUACACAAGCAUAAUGUACACUGAAAGGUCAAAAGCAUACAGACAAUAGUAUUUACUCAGACAAAGAAAAUAUACGCAAUAUAUAGAAAAUACCACACUGCUGGAUGUAGAUGUACAGGGUUUCAUCAGUCUAUUGCAAAAACCUAUGGUUAGAUACCCAUCCCUGAAUGUUCACCUUCCAGCAUAAAUACAUUAAUUCACUGGUAAACAUGUCUUUUCACACCUGUCACAGGGGUUUUUGCAACAUAUUUGAGUGGUUAAAGGUAUUCUCAUAGCUUUUUCCCUCUGCUCGGAGAUAAUGACUAAAAGCACUGUGGCCAAUCUUGGACAAUGUCUGUCUUGUUGACCGUGAUUUAUUGCAGAUAACCUCCUGCCCUAAUGCCUUUAUCUCUGUGCUUCUAUGACUGGUUUUAUUUGUGUAUUUCAAUUUUCACCCUGAACAGCUCAAGGGAAGUUUUGGCAUAUUGGAUCAACUGAACCACUUUCUGGGAAGGAAUGCAUGACCAGUCCAACUGAAUUUUUGUGGAUAUAGUGCCCACUGACAUCUGCACAAAGUUAAAUCAUCCAGCCAUACGAACACAUUGCAGGAAUGCACGUGUGAUGGUAGGGGGUUAUUUUGUCUGUUUAUUUAUUAACUGCAAUGGCAGCUUUUACAAAAUUGUCCUGUUUUAAGUGGACCGAUGAAUGUGUCUUUUAGAAAGGCAGGCUCCUUGCUUGUUCUCUACAUGUGGACACAAUCCAACAGUACUUGAGCUCAAACAAACAAGUCUUUCAGAUUGACACAGGAAAGCCAGGCUGCCAGUUUCAUCUGUAGUGAGUGAAGUGUUGACAACCACAAGAGCCUUCCAUAUAUAAAUAUGCAGGUCCGACAUCAACAUAGACAAUAAUGGCUUACAAGGAGUUGUUGCACAUUAACAGUAGUGGAAAAAGUACAAGUGACAAUACCUUGAUAGAAAAUAACUCAAGUGAAAGGUCAGCAAAAUACUACUUGAGUAUAAAAGCCUAAAAGUAAUUGGUUUAAAAUUGACCUAAGUACAGUGGUGGAUAAAGUACUCAAUUGUCAUUCUUGAGUAAAAGUAAAUGCUAUACAUCAAGUAACUUGUAUUACGCAAACCAGAUGUUGGGGCACACUCCCAACAGUCAGACAUAAUUUACAAACGCAGUAUUUGUGUUUAGUGAUUCCGCCAGUAGGGAUGACAAUGGGUUAUAUUGAUAGGUGCGUGAAUUGGACCAUAUUGCUGUCCUGCCUGAGCAUUCAAAAUGUAAUAAGUACUUUUGGGUGUCAGGGACAAUGUGUGAAGUAAAAAGUAUAUAUUUUCUUUAGGAAUAUAGUGGAGUAAACGCUGUCAAAAAUAUAAAUAUUCAAGUACGUACACCCCAAAAAGUAGUUAUUCAAAAUAUUUUUACUUAGUUACUUUACACCACUGUAAAUGAAAUAGUUACGUUCUUGUGUAAUAAAUGAUCUAAUAAACUGUAUAUGAUAUUUGUGAUUAGAAAAAGGGUUACCUUUUUUCAUGUUCUAUGAUUAUUUAUUCUCUAUUUACAACAAAAUAAGUAUCCAAACCCAGGCAUUAGAGUGGUGUCUUGAGUUUAAAUGUUGGAAUUAGAGCUGAUUUAGCUGUUCAUUCAUAGAAUAAGGUUUGGUGUAAAAGCAAUUUAAAUAUCUCUAAAGGGUGAAGGAAAUGUAUAAAUAGAUUUUUUUCAAAUAUAGAGAUUAUCUUAGUUUGGGAUGUUCUAAUGAUUAGGUCUGACAUUUUCUUGUUUUGUUCCAUUAUUUUCUUUGUGUGUACUAUUUAUGUCAGUAAAUUCAAUCUUAUUGGCUCUGUGAUGAGGUCAGAAUAUGAUAUGGGGCAUGGCUACUGAGCAGAUUGACAUUCCUGGACCUGUACAUACUAAAUGUUUGUUUUGUAAUUUAAGAUUAAAUUAUGAAAUAAGUAACUCAAA